GGGAGGUGGAGCUCUCUGUAUACAGGCAGGGCUGCUGGUGGCUGCAGAGAGAGAAGAAAAGGAGGAGGAAGAUGGUGGAAUUAGAUGUGAUACCUCCAGGACACAAGCCUCUCUCCCAGCCACAGGGCUGCUCCACGUCUGCUUACUAAGCUCCCCUCCCCCUCACAACACACAGACAAGCAGAGACCCUACUGUGCAGUCUCUGGGAUUUCCACUAAGGGUGACUAGUCUGCAGACCUGUGUCCAGAUGGUUUUUGUCUAAGUCCGGAUCCCUGGCUUCCUGGGUGCUUUCCUGCCAUAUUGAUGCAACUGUCAGAUUCCCUUGCCAGCCAUCAUGCUGAAUGCAGACGUGAAUCAUUUUAGGGAUGUCUUUCAAUGGUCGUAAUUCAGCUAUGCAGGAGAAGGAGGUCAUUCAGUUGAUUCAGUCUCUCAGGCUCCUUUCACUGGCUACAAUUUCAGACAAAUAAAUGGCUGAUUGCUCGGACAAUUUUAAAAACAAAGCAAUUGCCUACAUGAGGACUCUGGGGACAGAUGCAGACUUGUAGGUGGAAAAACAGAGAAACAUUUUGACAACAAUAUGACUGUGGCAGAAUCAACACUGACAGUACAGAACAAAGAUGUUCAUACUAUAAGACUGACUGCUCUGAACCAGCCAUGAACCAUUUAGAGGGAUCACAAGGAGCAGAGGUGAGUGAUGAGCCUGGCAAUGCUGACAUUAAUGAGUUGGUGGAAGCUGACAUUGAGCACCCAGAAGUGGAGGAAGAACAACACCAGUUUGUUUCGCCAAACUUUCGGCAGGUAUCUGAAGAGCAGGAGGGACAAUCAGGACAAGAGGAAGAUGGUACUCUUGCCCGAUCUGCAAGCACAGAGAGUGGUUUCCACAACCACACGGAUACAGCUGAGGGAGACGUGAUUGCAGUACAGGCAGAUGGUUAUGAUGUGGACCGAAUCCAGGAGAAUGAUGAUGAGAGUGCAUAUGCUAUUCAGUACAGGCCAGAGUCUGAAGAGUACACUGAGAACGCAGAGGCAGAACAUGGGGAAGCUCUGCACAACCGAACUCUUCCUAAUCACUUGCACUUCCAUGGUCUUGAUCAGGAGGAAGCUCUAAAUGCAGCCUACUCUGGAUAUGUCUACACCAAUCGGUUAUUUCAUAGGGGAGAGGACGAGCAAUAUGCCGAACCCUAUGCAGAUUAUGGAUUGCAAGAGCAUGUGUAUGAGGAAAUAGUAGACACUCCAGAACUAGAUAUUAGAGAGGGCCUUAGACUUUAUGAGCAGGAAAGAGAGGAAGCUGACAAUUAUCGGAAGGAAGCCCUUGGUGCACGCCUUCACCAUUACGACGAGCGGUCUGAUGGAGAGUCCGACAGCCCUGAGAAAGAGGCAGAAUUUGCCCCUUACCCAAGAAUGGACAGUUAUGAACAAGAGGAAGAUAUUGAUCAGAUAGUGGCAGAGGUCAAACAAAGCAUGAGUUCUCAAAGUCUGGACAAAGCAGCAGAGGACAUGCCAGAAGCAGAACAAAAUCUGGACAUAGUUGAACCUUCCAAAUUGGGAGGUGGAAGUCAUGUGACUAAUGGAAAUCUGUCAUCUUGUUCCAAAACCUCUACAAAUACAGGAGAGAUAGUACAGAGGUAUAGUAAGGAGAAGAGAGAUGCCAUCUCACUAGCUAUUAAGGACAUUAAGGAGGCCAUUGAAGAAGUAAAGACAAGGACAGUUCGUUCUCCAUACACUCCUGAUGAUCCAAAGGAACCUAUCUGGGUGAUGAGACAAGACAUUAGUCCAACAAAGGACUGUGAUGACCAAAGGCCACUAGGUGGAGAUAUCAACGCACUGAACGAUAUGGAGAAUUUUUGGAAUUAUCAAGCCUACUGUCGCGAUGAAGAUUCUCCGUCUCCUGAUUCUUCGUCACCCCAAGGGGCAGAAUCAACAGAUCGGCAAAAUCAUCAAAAUGUAUGUGAUGCAGCAGAAUCCUCUACAAACAAGGAGUCAGGGAAGAGCUUGGCUUCAUUCCCAACCUAUGUUGAAGUGCCCGGACCCUGUGAUCCAGAAGACCUAAUUGAUGGAAUUAUUUUUGCUGCCAAUUACCUCGGCUCUACACAGCUGCUUUCUGACAAGACCCCUUCUAAGAACGUGCGUAUGAUGCAAGCACAGGAAGCUGUAAGUCGGAUUAAGAUGGCCCAGAAAUUAGCCAAAAGCAGAAAGAAGGCUACAGAAGGGGAGGCACAGCCUAUGACCGAAGUGGACCUCUUUAUUUCUACACAGAGGAUAAAAGUAUUAAAUGCUGACUCCCAGGAAACCAUGAUGGAUCAUCCUUUGCGGACCAUCUCUUACAUUGCAGAUAUUGGCAAUAUUGUGGUCCUUAUGGCACGUAGGCGCAUGCCACGCUCCAACUCCCAAGACAGUGUGGAGGCCUCUCACCCUUCUCAAGAUGGAAAGCGGCAAUACAAGAUGAUCUGCCAUGUUUUUGAAUCUGAAGAUGCACAGCUAAUUGCUCAGUCCAUAGGCCAGGCUUUCAGUGUGGCUUACCAGGAGUUCCUGAGGGCAAAUGGUAUUAACCCAGAAGAUCUGAGCCAGAAAGAAUACAGCGACCUGCUCAAUACUCAGGACAUGUAUAAUGAUGAUCUCAUCCACUUCUCUAAGUCAGAGAACUGCAAAGACGUAUUUAUUGAAAAGCAAAAGGGGGAAAUCCUUGGAGUGGUGAUUGUGGAAUCUGGCUGGGGAUCCAUCUUGCCCACAGUUAUAAUAGCCAAUAUGAUGCAUGGAGGGCCAGCUGAGAAAUCAGGAAAGCUAAGCAUUGGAGAUCAGAUCAUGUCAAUCAAUGGCACCAGCUUAGUUGGCCUGCCACUGUCUACCUGUCAAAGCAUCAUCAAGGGUUUGAAAAACCAGUCGUGUGUGAAGCUGAACAUUGUGAGGUGCCCCCCAGUUACCACAGUCUUAAUCAGGAGGCCUGACCUGCGAUAUCAGCUUGGCUUCAGUGUACAGAAUGGCAUUAUCUGCAGCCUUAUGCGCGGGGGCAUAGCGGAGCGAGGAGGAGUGAGAGUUGGGCAUCGCAUCAUUGAGAUCAACGGACAAAGUGUUGUAGCAACUCCCCAUGAGAAGAUAGUUCAUAUUCUUUCCAAUGCAGUUGGUGAGAUACAUAUGAAGACAAUGCCGGCAGCAAUGUACCGACUGCUGACUGCACAAGAGCAACCAGUUUACAUCUGAGGGCCUGGCUUCAACUUCACGACAUGCAUGGGGGGCACUUCUCUCACUUGUGGUUGUUCAUAGUGCUGCAUAUGUGUCUACAGAGACAUCUACAACUUGUUUCAUUCGCUGCCAUCCAUUGUCCUGAUAUCUUCUCUCAUAUAAUGGGUACCCAAAGAAACUGUUCUGUUCUCAAAAUGACUUUGAUGCCCACGGCCUCUCCAUAAACUCUUAUAUCUUAAAAUGAAGGGAACAAAUCUCAAAGCCUAUUGCUGUGAGUGGGUUGGAUGCAUUUCUCUCUAUACCCUGCGGUGAAGAUGAAGAAACCUUUUCAUAAACAAAAAGUACCCAAUGUAUUUACACUGUAGAAUGAUUGAGGAUUUCAUUUCAUUAUUGUUAAAAUAUUUGUAUAUUUCUUGACCUGACAGUCCACCAUUGAGAACCUCAACACAAAUAUGCUGGCGUUCUUUUUGGUAUAGGUGCAUUGAAAUGUAAUAUACAAGACUGGCCAGUACCCAACUAUAACAUUCCAUGGAAGAUCCUUCAUGCAGAAUUGAUCACUACCAUGAAAUCUAUGCAUGAAGCUCUAAGCUAUGACAUUCAUCUGCACAAAUUAGGAAGUAUUUUAGGCAUACUAUUAACACAGCGAGUAGCCUCAGUGAGUGACCUGGGCAUCUAUGUGAAGUUCUACUAGCUGCUCCAUUUAUGUAUUGAGACGGAAUAUUUAAACUCUGUUAUCAGUAGACAAGAAGGCCAGGUCGCCAGAACCUUUAGCACUCCACGCAUAAAAAAUAUAAUUCUAGAUUAAAGAGUUUACAUGUCUUAAUACAUUGUAGUUUACAUUAUGACAAAUAAUAAGCUGAUAGAUCUAAAAAGAAAAAAGUUACAAAAACACAGGUGGUAGCUAAUAAGCCACAACUUUGCUUACAUUGGAGGUCACCAUGCCAAAGCUCAACAAGCGGGUAUGAGAUGGAGCUGCAUGGAAACCAACGAAAAGCGAAAUGCAAUUGUUCUUUUUCAGCCAGUUGGGCAGGCAACUUCCUUGCCAUUGUUUGGGCUUUGUCACUGGAAGCGCCAUAGAGAGUUUAGAGAAGGGGAAAGAGCAUGUGCUGUUUAAUUUAACACUUCUGUCAAGGUGUAAGUGCUACAAACUGCAUUCACAUAAAUCAACUUGCAUUUCUGCUUUUGUUUUGCUCAGCAGUCUAUGCUGUUUGAAACAUAGAUGGAGGCUCACAAAUAGCUUUUAACUGAAGGCCAGGUCUGAAUAUGGUGUCCAGUAAUUAAAGGGUAUGUAUAAUCCCUCAAACAUGCAUAUUUUAUAACAAUACCUGUGGGGAGACAUUCUGUCACUAUCUAGGUUCACUGGCCUUAGGUUUACUGGCCUUGGGUUCACUGGCCGUAGGUUUACUAGCUUUAGGUUAGGGCAUUGCCCUUUUAUAUUAACUAUAGAUGAGGAACUACAGAGUUAGUUGCAGUGAUUUUAUGGGGUUCACAUUCCCUUGCUGACAUGUUUACUAACUGCAUGGAUUAAUCCUUGAAAAGUGCGGGAAAUACAUGUUAAGGAAUAUGUAUCCCAUUCAUUUUGCCCUUGGGGAAGAGCCCAGCAGAGGCUACAAUACCCCAUAUGUAAUCAAAGGUAGUUUGCACUGGUGCAGUAACCCAUAGCAACCAAUAAUGUUUUUGCUUUUUAACAUGCUACUUGCUGUUUGGUUGCUUAAUGCCGGUCUAUUCUGUCAAUCGUGCAGUAAGCAAAGGAAAGUAAGUUUAGUAAGUGUUUGUGACCCACCUCAAAGAAAAUCAUAUCAAAGAAUAAAACACCUGGAAAAUUGAGGGUUGCUUUAUUUGCUUCUGAUUUACAUCAGGAGUAAAGGGUGUUGCACUGUGUAGCUCAUGGGAACAGGGCAGUGGUUAUAUUGGCUUCCAUCCAAUAAAGUCAGCAUAGUGUGUCUCCUGAUUCUCUGAGAAUAACAUGUUUGUAUCAUAAUGACAUAAAUGUAGUGCUAGUGCUAAGGGCCAUGUUCUCCAAGGUAUAUUAAUAGUGCACAACAUGCCCUCUGAUCAGGCCCAGAUUUGUGGAAAGGCCACCGAGGCCUAGGCCAACAGGAUUUUAGGGUUGCUGCACAACCUCACCCACAUUGGUUCAGAAACACUGGGGAUGAGCAGGUGAUACAAUUGUUUUUUAAAUAUCCUGUGCUCCGAUCCCCAUUGUUUUGGUCCUGAUGAUGAAAAUGUGAGCUAAUUAAAAGGAGGGAAUGGGGGUGAUGAACAUUAGAGGGCCUAGCGGUGCCUGGUAUGUAAAUCCGAUCCUGCCUCUGACACAUAGAUGUACUGGCCCAAGUUGAACAGCCCACAAUUAUAGUAACUGUAGAGGAAAGACCGAAAGAUAAUAAACAGGUGGUAGAGGUGCUAUAAACCAGCUCUGCGGUGUAUAUAUGUAUUCCAUCUUCUUCUAGUUACUUUCCUGCCCUGAUAAGGUUAAUAAUGUGCAAAAACUAAAGUCACUAUGUAGUAUUUGCUACAGUGAUUCUUAUACUGCAGCUUUUAUUUCUGCUAAAAUACUUGAUUCAUGGUGAUCCUUUCCUUGUUUACUACUGCCGCGGCUCCAGUGCAAUUGUGUUAGGACUACAGGUCAUACAUCUAUUCCUGUUUAGGUGGUGUAUGAUUGGUUAGCCAAGGGGUAGAAAUCAAAUGGUUAUACCCCCCUUGCUAAAGAUGAAUUAUUGUGGCGUGUUUACUUGAUUGUGCAGGAGGUGCAAUAUUUAUGGCCUUACAUGAGCCAAGGCACUUUCUUGUUGUUUACCAAAAUAAGAUUCAUGUACUGGGGGUUGUGACACCUGAAAUGUGAAAUAUAUGGACAUAUACAAAAUCCAGCAUUUUAUCUCCAAUGACGUAUUCCGGUUGUGUCAUUUGAUGAGAUAAGGAUUUGACAACACUGAUAUAUUUAGUCUUUCUCAGACACGCGUGUGCUGUGCUUCAGGCACCCGUAUGCUAUUCAGACUCAUAUUUGUCUCUUACUUAAGACUAGAUAAAUGACAAACAUGCAAUAAGACAAGGCAGAUUCCUUUGUACCAGGCCAGUGACAUUGACACAAAUCAGUGGUUCACUUGCUUUCUAUGAGAACAUAGAACAAAUUGACUUCAUACAGAAAUAGACUCUUCAUUUUACCUCUUACAGCUAUGAGUGUGAUACGACUGUACAAUAGAUAACUAAAGAAGGAAAGAGAGAAUAUUGGGGAAAAGGGUUAUUUUUGAACUGAAAAAGUAAAUGUUAUAUACAUGAGACUUUAGCAAUGGACGUUGCUGUUUCCAGUCUAGGCACUUGGUUGAUAGUCUUACACUCUAGUGGCCAUUGUGCGGAGAGAUAGUACAGAACAUCCCACAACAAAAGCCCAGGUUGAUAAAACAGUAGUUGGAAUUGUAGGUGUACUUGGCAAAAUUGGUAGACUAUGGAGAAUUUCCAAUUUAUUGUCUUCGUUGGUUGACCCAAGCAACUAUAUAUCCCAGGUUUCUCCAACAUUAGAUAAUUUACAGUUUUGCUCAAGGGAUGCUGAUCUCAUUAAUAAGCUGAACGGAUAAGGUUUUAAAACCACCUUUAAGACUCUCUCAUGUGUUUGAGGUUUAUUCGAUACAUGAAAUAAAAAGCGACAUUCCUUUGGUUUCAUCAGUUGUUCUGGGGUUUGAUGAACAAUCCUAAUAUUGAACUCUGACAAUUAUUCUCUCUCUGUAGGUCUAGUUUGGGGGAUUUGAACCUACUUGAUGUUCCAAAAUAUGGGUCAAAAAGUGAUGUCAAACUUCCAUAUCUUCUAAUGUCCUUGGGCUAAUGAUGUUGGAGCUUGACAUCCCUGUUUUGAUAUAUUUCAGUACUGCUUCAAGAACAAAGUCCUGCUUGAUAAACGUAUAAAGCCAUCAAGGAUAACUUCAAAAAUGAUAUUUCAUCUUGAAGUGAUCAGGAUUCAAGUAUAUCACAGUAUAAAAUUGAUUUAGCUAACACAAGGUUGUUGCUCUAUGUUCAUAUACGCUGAAGCCUGAAAUAUAACAGGUGCCCACAGUCCUAGAAAAGAACUGACUCAACUGGACAGAAGACUGGGCCUCACCGUUUACGUUGAACACAUCUCCGAAUGGACUUGUUUACACAUUUCUGUACAAAAAUAUGCACAAAUGUCACCUUCACUGGAAGCGAUACUUGUUACAUUGUCAGGUUUCAGUUCAACAAUAGAAUUUCUUAAUUUUGUUUUGCUACUUUUUUUUAACAUCUGUUUAAAAAUGAUUAUUCUGAACUUUUUUUAAAAUGUAUUUCUUGAAUUAAAUUCACAGCAUCGACAAAACUUUGUGCACAUACCUAGCAGAGUACUUAGAUUAUUGUUCUGUAAAGAGGGUUGAAUAGAAAAUAUUGUAAAUCGCUGGAUAAGUAUAGUAAUGUAUUUGUAACAAUAUUGUUCUUUGUAAACAGUAAAUCUGAAAACGAAUACAAUCAGUGUCAGCCUGGAAUGUUGAUACUGCACAUCUAUUGAAUGUAAUUCCUAUGACAGUCACAGGUUCUUGUUUCCUGUGAUACAGCUGCCAUGGUUUGAUUGAGUCGCCAGCUUUCUUUUGUUGUGAAGUAUCUACUCUAUGUACCUUUUAUUUAACUGAGAGCUUGCUCAUCUCUGUAACAUUUGCAACAAAAACAACUAUAAUAAUAAUAAUGAUAAAUAAAAAAAAAUGUUGAAUUGCA